AGAUGGUAGAAAUCUGUUUGGGCUUGAUCUAGACUAGACAUUGGCUUCAGCUGUUGGGACCAACUGAUCUGUAUUUUUAUAUGAUUACAAGUGGAAGUAGUUAUCUACCUCCUUUUGUGGAUCCCUUUAAAUCCAGUAUAAAUUAGCUUAAGAGUGCCCUCUGCUGACCAUUGUCAACUAUUACAACACAAUCAUUCUAUUAUUAAAAGACAUUCUUUUUUGUGUCUCAUUUGUAUUAAAAUCUCUGUAUCAUAAAUGAUUUUCUAUCAUGUAUUGAGUUCCCAAGUCUUUAUUUUAACAUAUUAGAAAUGUGUGAUCAUGUGCUAUGAUUUCUCAACUUCUCUUUUUUUAUAUUUUUAACAGCAUCCUUAUUUUCUUGUUUGAAAAUUUGGGUUAUAACUAACUUCAUUACUCUUUGCUUUAAGGUCAUUCAAACAUCAUCAUGCUUGCCAGUGAUUUCACAGAGAUAAGUUUUGGUGCUAGCAGUUCAAAUAUUAGAAAAUGUCAGACUGUGUUGCGUAAAGUAAAUAGAGAAAAGAUAAGGUUUGACUUCGAAUAACACCCAAACGUUAGCCUGAACAUAUCGGACGAUGCAAUUACACAAGCACACUGAUCAACCCACCUUUGCUGCUCGUUUAAAAAGCGAUCUCUCCCAGCAGCUUUGCACUGCAUCCAUCUACCUUCUGGUCCCUUCCACAGCUCAGGAACAGCGAUCCACCUGAACUAUGCAGUCCGCUGAAGCCAAAUUCAACAAAAACACCUUGUUUUUGACUCUGAAGCGAUACAGCUCAGCUGUCGGCGACAUGGAAAAGACCAUUCUGCUGCCAAGCCUGCUGCGAGACGUCCCCUUUGACUGUGAAGCAGCAGAUGAGACCUGCAGAGAUCUCUACACCAACUACUUGAUGCUGAAGGCCAUUCGAAACACAGUGGAGAGCAGCCUGGUAGCCCUGGAUGAUCACAAAUCAAAGAACACAACACUAACCAAGACUCUGGAGCCUUUCCUGGAUGCUGAUCCCGAAGCAUUGUUUCUCUUUCAUCUGAGAGGUCUGUUUAAUGUGAUGAGCGACCUCACAAAGAAGACUCGCAGCGUCACUGACAAAUACUUGGACAUAAUUGGGUUGGCAAAUUAAAAGUCAAAUUGGCUGAGAAGGGUUUCAUUUGGUGAACUGAAGUGGAAACAUCAUGAAAAUUGAAUAAAUUUACUUGGCCAAAACUGA